UUUGCAGAGAUAACAGGAGACAGGAUGAUACUGGGAAGUCGUCGGCAUGGUGCCCGGUUUGGUAUUGCUCUUGCUAACAUUGGAGACCUGAACAUGGAUGGCUACGAAGACAUUGCAGUGGGUGCGCCUUAUGAAGGAAAUGGCGUUGUGUAUAUCUAUCACGGAAGUGUGGACGGUAUCAAAUACGAACCAGCACAGAUUAUACAAGCGGAAAACAUCGACCCGCAAAUUAAGGGCUUCGGAAUUAGCUUGUCGAAAGGUGCAGAUGUAGAUGGAAACCAUUACAACGAUAUUGCUGUGGGAGCGUUUAAAUCGGGACAUGCUGUUGUGCUGAAGAGUCAUCCCAUCAUCACCUUUAAACCCACACUAAACACUAGUACCAGAAGCGUCAGCCGUAAGGCCUUCAAUUUCUCCUGCACAUCCUGUCUCUCGUACACAGGCUGGAGUGUUCCAGACACCGUGGAUGCUAAAGUGACGUUGCAAGUUGAUUUGUCGUUCGGAAGAGCUAAUUUUAUCUCCAACGAAUUCAGAAGGACCAACACGCAUGCUUACAAUAUUACACUCCGGCGUGGGAAACAGUGGUGCAAAGAUUUGAGGGUUCAAAAUACUCAGCAGAUUGUAUACAGAACAGAGCCGUUACUUCUGGCGAUGACCUAUGAAUUAACUAACAAUCCAAAUAAGGUUCAACCAAGAGGACCACGUGACAGUGCUGCAGAUGAGUUCUGCAUGGAAUGUCCUGUACUGGACAGCGCUCAGUCUACUAUCAUAACUACAAUGGUCGCUUUUGAGACCGGCUGUAGAAGUUUUGUGUGCACACCGGAUAUUAAAAUUGAUGCAAGGUUUAUGGGAAUUGAGGAAACAUUCAUUCUAGGAGAGAAGCAGACUCUUGGUAUAAGACUAGAGGUGGAAAAUAUUGGAGAACCGGCCUUCUUUACGCGUGUCAACCUGAUCAUUCCCAAGGUCACACCGGUUGUCGAAAUUCCUUCAAUCUGCUAUGACUUGUCAAAUCAGGACAGGAAGGAAACUUACGUCCUCGUGUGCGAUAUUGGUUAUCCUUUGGAGAAAAACUACACGAUGGACCUGGUGAUGAGCAUGAAGGAUGUACCUGCCGGCACGAAAACCCUGACCUUCAAAGUGAACGUGACAAGCGCUGGGAAUGACAACAACCCCAGCGAUAAUCAUAAGGAGUUGGUACUGCCAAUUGUGAUCCAGGCGGAUAUGACAAUAGCUGGGAUACCCAGUCAGGAUCAAAUUGUGUAUAUGACAAAGGGGAACACAUACAUUAAGGAUCUGACGCUAAGCCAUACGUUCCAGGUGUGGAACUCGGGACCAAGUACCGUGGAGACAGCGGAGAUUGAGUUUCAGAUUCCACAUCAAUAUGUUUUGCCACCGACACAAGAAAUCUUUAUGAGGGUUUUAGAGCCCCAGUUGCAGACUUCUGCAAGCAUCAUGUGCACACCUGUGAUGGGGUUUAGCUUCUGGAAUCCUUCCAGUGAAAUUCCCACGAUUGACCCCAAUUUGUCGGAUGGUGAAGGACCCGAUGAUGACUUUUAUCAGCUGAGCAAUAGAAGACCCCCAUCUCUAUCGAAACGUUCUGUCUCCAAUACCGAAAACCGAGAAGAGAAUUUCGCCGAUUCCAUGCCAAAAGUCUCUGUACCAGAUGAUGCGCCAUCAACUUCCAACUUCAGUAUGCCUCCGUCAAAGAGGACUUUGUUCCUGAACUGCACAGAUCCGAAAGUGGAUUGCUUCACGGUGAAAUGUUCUGGAGGUCCUUUCUUACCCAACAAGACUCAAGCAGUAAUUAACUUCCAGCUCAGACCUGACUUCGUAGUUCUGGAAUCGCAGCUACAAAUGAAAGACAUAAUAUUGUUUUCUUCAAUGGGGACUGUAACAAUCAGAGAUCCACCGGACGCUCUACAACCUCAGGGGCACAAACCAGACUACGCAGAUGUGCACACUAGGUUCCUUGGGACGAUACCCGAAGGCAGUGUAGCUACGUGGAUCAUAGUGCUGGCCGUCAUCUGCGGCAUCCUGAUACUGCUCCUCAUUGCUACGGCUCUCCAUAAGAUUGGUUUCUUCAAGCGUGAAAAGAAAGAAGAACUGAAGGCUUUAAAAGAUGCUGAAGUUGUCACAAAUGAAGAGGAAGACUGCACCGAUUUUCAGGCUGACGUCAUCUCCAGCGACGAAUUAUGAAGUUCCAGGAGACUAUAAAUUCCAAAUGAAUUUCAUAGUAGUUAUUCUGCUCAUGAUAGACUAUAUUAAAUUUUGGAAAAUAUGGAUUCACGUCUACUAUUGUGAAAGUUCACAACUUAUGUGUGUUAUAAGAGACUAAGCGUUAAGUGUUCAUUAAGUAAUGCUCAUACAGAAUGCUGUAAUAUUCAGUAACUUCUGUUAAACCAAGAUGCGAAGUCAAAAUCUGAAUACGAGUUUAUCAAAAUUAUUUUCCUAUUCUGAAUAAAUGUUACUAAAACCCCGACAUAUUUUGACUAAAAUUACCAUCUUCAAUGAGGAUACGAGAUAAAAACGGAAUAUUUAACUUUCAAUACGUGUAAGUAAAAUAUUUAGGUCAUAAAAUUUGUGUGAAUACUUAAACUAUUAUUACUUUAUAGUUCAUUGAUGUAAAUUUUUGUCAAAUGCAGUUUCUUGAUAAUUAGAGGUUUACUUUAUUGUGUAGUGUGGCCACAAGCUUGUUUCUAAUGUAUGGGUAUGAUGAUGUACCGCAUUGUUGCGUGGCUCUUGUGAGGUUGUAUUUUGGAAAUUUCACCUUAAAACAAAAGAGUAUAAGACAGCAAUACGCAAUGUAGUACGACCAACUAAUUAUCAAGAAAAGUGCAUUUUAUAAUGGUCCACAUCAAUGAGCUUUAAAGUAAUAUUGUUUUUAACUUUUUAAUAAAAAUAUUAUGCCUUAAACAUAUUGAAUAUUUUAGUCAGACACAAAAUUCCUGAAGUUUUCUAUAAUAUCUGGUAACCCCCUGGAGAUUUUUGACCGAAGUAAUUCGAGAUUUUAAUGGUAAGUAAUCGGCAUGAGAGAAUAAAUUAAAUUUACUAGGAAAAUGAUUUCGUAUCUUAUUUUAACAUCAUAGUUAUAUAAGCAAAACGAAUCAUAGCAAAUUUGUUUCUGCAAUCAAAUAUUCCGAACUUCAAACUAAUGUUUCGCUUUAUUUUCGCAUUUUCUUUGCGAAACCCUUUCUUCAGUUCACAAAGUAUCACAAGUCUACACGGCGUCACACCGCAAAGCUUUUAUUCUUCAGUCCUCUCCACGAGAACCCCAGAUCCAAUCGAAAUGAGCCUGGUGUUACGGGAGAGGCUUUGUAUCUCUUCCAAACUAACAAGGCCCCCUUUAUAUCGAUUCCUGUUGAUGUCAAUGUUUGCUUUCUGAUUACAUACCUGCAGCUGCAGUAAACCGAUUGGUGUCUGGUGGUAGGGUUCUGGAACGAGGAUUGAGGGAAGAAUUCAUAGUUACAAAAUGGUUAAGAUUUGCUUGUCUCUAAUAUGGCUGUGUUGCUUAAAUUUGUCAUUGGUGACUAUGGUUUGCGGGUUCAAUCUGUCCCCCAAGCAUGGAGUAGUGAUAAAGGAUCCGAGUGGGCAAGAAGGAAGCUUUUUUGGUUAUACUGUUGCUCUGCAACAAGAUGGCUGGUAAGUUUCUUAUCCUAACUGUGUGUUAAGUCGCAGUUCAGCAUAAUGUGUAGACCUACUCUGUUGAGUUUAAGAAAGAGUGCUGUGUUUCUGUGUAGCCUAAUUGAAAUAACAAGUUCUAUGAUAUAUUUCCAUAUGAACACCUUGGCCGGAAUAAGGCGGCUAGAAUAUGUUAAAAUUAAUAAUUAAUAAACAUUAUUUAUAGCCAUUAA